AUGCCCCAGUAUGAUUUUUCAAAUAACUUUUUGAAGAUAACUUCAGAUCAACUUGUGCAGUCUAUUAGCAUUGUGAUUUUACUGCAGAACACUUCUACUUCCUUGGGAAUCCCACUGCAUGCAGCCAACUUUUCUUAUGUAAUUUCAACAUCCGUUCAAUCUUCAUCUGGCCUGCAAAACAAUUGGUUGGGGAAGUCGGCACAUAUUUCCAUGGCUGAUAUUGUCAAGAUGGGUAGACCUCAAGGGAAACAUCCAAGCAUGCCUGCCAUUGCAAGUGGAAAACCUUACAUAUCUGAAAAUGCAGCAACAUCAAAUGGACCACAUCUCAAUGCAAAACAAAUCCCAACUUUAAUUUUGUCAUCUGAAGCUAAGGAGAAAUUAGACUCUUUUCAGGAAUCUACUUAUAUUUCUGAUAUUAAUCAUGGCCUUGGAACUGCUGAAAAUCAGCAUAUUUCUACUGAUGGAUGGUACAUAUGUGAUGAGCAACCCACAGAAAGUGUUCCAAAUUUUACAGAUAUAUCUGGUGCCUCAGCAGUUUAUGCUAACCCAUCAGCCUCAGCAACACCUAGUAUGGUAAUUGCUGGUUCUGACUUGUAUAUAGAUCCAUGUUUGGAAGAUUUCCAAGACCGGGAUGAAAGACCUAACGAUAAACCUCAGCCAAUCGAAUAUAUUCCUGUACCAGAGAGGAAGAUAGAUGUAGACACUGCAAUAGAUGGUUCACAUUCAAAGAGUAUAGAUGCUUACCAAUCUAAAGAUGUUGAAUUUGAUCAUCAUGAAGGAAAAAAGAUUUGGGACGAGAAGUUUUUGAACAAAUGCAUAAAAGAAAUCAAGACACCCAGUUUAUUGACAACAAAUUGGUAUUCGUAAAGAAAAGCUUAUCGAGGAAGGUAG